CAACAGGAAUUACAGUAUGCUUCAGAGGUGAAGAGCAAGACUGUUUGGUUAAUGAAUUUAAGAAAUGUAGGAACUCUGAAUGACACAAGCUUUUUAGAUGAGACCACUUAUGAAAAACUGGCUGAAGAAACACUGGACUCCUUAGCAGAUUUCUUUGAGGACCUGACAGAUAAGCCUUUUACCCCAGAAGAUUAUGAUGUCUCUUUAGGGAGUGGAGUUCUAACCGUUAAAUUAGGUGGAGACAUGGGAACGUAUGUAAUCAAUAAGCAAACACCAAACCGGCAGAUUUGGCUGUCCUCACCCACUAGUGGGCCCAAGCGCUAUGACUGGACUGGACAGAAUUGGGUGUAUUCUCAUGACAGAGUAUCCCUUCAUGAACUACUAUCAAAAGAAUUUUCAACAGCAUUAAAAACUAAAUUGGAUUUGUCCUGCUUAAUAUAUUCUGGGAAAGAAGAUACUUGA